ACAAUUCAACGACGAGAAUCAGUAUUCGAUUAGCUUUCACUUGCAACAAGUGUUACUGUUUUUGCUGUUACUGUUUCUUCGCCUGCUGCGGCUGCUACUACUACUGCUGACAUUGCUUUAUUGUUGUUGUUAGCUGUGCUCAUUGCUACGGCUCACUCGUCUGCUCCAGUUAAUUUCACCUCAAUUUGUCAAAGCGACGGCGGCAUUUGUGGUCCACAGUGACUUUAUUUACUAAUUACCUACAUAUUUGGGGUCCAUCUAGCACCCACCAGUUUGUCUACAGUUACACUUACAACACAUAUACAUAUUAUGGAUCAUGAUCACGACCAUGGCUCAGGAGGAGGAGGAGAUGGAAAAGUUUCUUGUCCCAUGAUUAUGGUUUUUCAUGCCGGACAUUGUGAACGCAUACUCUGGGAUGGUUGGGUAGCCAGUACUGUGGUUGAAUUCGUCUUCUCUGCUUUGGCCAUAUUUUUGGUGGCCUUCAUCUAUGAGGCUCUUAAAUUUGUUCGCGAAUAUUUCCUAAGGCAAACGGUGCGCAAAGAAGCCGAACGUGUAGCCCUGGAGUUACAGGCGAAGAGAUCUUCGCCCCCUUGCCAUGCUCCUUCCACUACUGCUAUGAUGCCCAUACAGGAGAAGACUUAUAUGCAACGCAUAUUCUCGGAAGCUCAUUUGAUACAAACAUUUUGCAAUUUACUACAAAUCGUCAUAUCCUAUUUGCUGAUGUUGGUCUUUAUGACUUUUAACUAUUGGUUAUGCCUGGCCGUGGUCUUGGGUCUGGGUAUAGGAUAUUUUGUUUUUGGUUGGAUUAAACAGGAUGUCUACGAGAGUGAAUGCUGCCAAUGAAGUAUGAGGAUCAUUGGAUCAUUGAAGUGAUUGCUACAAGUUUUGUAUUUAGUAAAAACGAGAAUACAUCUUGAGUAGUAACUGACUUAAAAACAUUUAAAGAAUUCUUGAAAGAUUUUAUAUGUUGGAAAAACGAUUUCCAAUUGUGAUAUUAAGCUUUACCUUUAAGUUGAAUUCUGCAGUGCCAUAUUGUAUAUUGAUGUAGACUAAGUAAUUUAGUGUGUAAUUCUGCAAUUAAAAUUUCUAACGAUUUUAUACCAUA